AUGGGGAAUGUUGGGUUUGGGGUAAUCCUUGCUAUCCUGGCCUCCCUCAUCAUAGCUGUCAAUGCCCUUGUGGCGGUUGCAUUGGUGCAGCUGAUCUGGAAGAGUGGUUGUCUUGGGCUGUGCUUUGUUUUAAAUCUUGCCGUCGCUGACUUCUUGGUUGGAUUUACCAUAACGGGCCUGGUCACAGAAGAGCUCUCCGGCCCUGAGCACAGGACCCCUCAAAAGUAUUGUGUCCUGCGAAUGGCUUGUAUCACCUGUCCCUCGGCUGCCUCUGUCCUCACAGUUAUUCUGGUCACCUUUGACAGGUACCUGGCUAUUAAGCAUCCUUUCCGGUACUUCAAAAUCAUGCGGAGUCCAGUGAUUGGGGCUUGUAUUGGAGGGCUCUGGCUCCUGGCCUGCUUGAUUGGCUUCCUUCCUGUGAUUGCUCACAGGUUCCAGCAGGAGACCUACCAAGGGUUCUGCACCUUCUUCGGAGUCUUCCAGCCCACUUACAUGCUCACCGUCUUCUGUGCGGCAUUCUUCCCGGCUUUCUUUGUUUUCAUCUACUUCCACUGCCAGUUGCUGAAGAUUGCCUCCCUGCACGCCCAGCAGAUCCGAGAACAGGAACACAUUGGGUUGGAGGCAACCUGCCCAGCUCCUCAGCCCUCCAGUGACACCAAGGCGCUGCGCACCGUCACCAUUCUGGUAGGGUGCUUUGCACUCUCCUGGUCACCUUUCUUUGUCGGGAGUAUCAUACAGGUUGCAUGCCAGCACUGUGUCUUGCAGUGCCUCCUCGAGCGGUAUCUCUGGGUGCUAGGCUUGUGCAACUCUCUGGUCAACCCCUUGGUCUAUGCCUAUUGGCAGAAGGAAGUGCGCCUUCAGAUCUAUCGGAUAUGCAUGUGCAUGAGAAACAGGGUCUUCCCUUUGUUCCGGGUCAACAGCCACUCUCGUGCUCCCAGCAGGGUUGUGGCUUCAGUGCAUGCCAUCUCGUUGGCCCAGCUCGAGGAGUGAUCUGUACUGAGUGAAUGUCUUGCACUACCAGGAAGAGAAGCCUCCUCUGUUCUGGGCAACAGGACAGAACUAUGAGCCAGCUCCAGGGCAUCUGCUCAGCUGCCUCUCCAGAGUGAAGGCAACCUGAGCCAUUCCCCUCCAAUGCACAUUUGGUGAAUUUGUGAUGAGCCAAUGCAGGCUGCCAGGUUUGCACUGCUACAGGGGAAGAGCAUCGCCCUUUGAAGACAAUGACAUAACUGGGAUCCUCCACUGAUCACAAGUGUUUUAGGCUUCUCCACGUUUCCUUUGAAGAAAAAACCCUAAACUUUAGGGGCAUUGGACAUAACUAGAAAUGACACCCAUGUGAUUGGUGCUGGCUUUUUAGAAACCUUUAUAUACUAGAAAAAGCAACACUUAUAUAAUUAUUGAUAACGCAGCAUGAGAUAACCAGGACCUGAGUGACCAGCAAACACACUUUUACACUGAGGAAAUCCAGGGAAAUGUAUAUACAAAACAUAAUAUGCAAAGAACACAAAUAUAGCAUAAUUAAUGCCAGUACAACUGAUUCUAUUGCACACUCCCUUAUUUUUCACAAGACUCUAAAGUAGCAGAGGCUGCAAGCUUCAGAGUUCCAUUGCCUUACUUACGGCCAAUAGUCUCAAGUUCUCCAGCCUCUAAUAAUUGACAGGGCAUAUGAAAUUAGAUGUCACAUCACAUAGUAGCCAUUGCCAGUGAACUGACCAGUUGCAACCUGACUCGACAAAAAGUGGGAGAUAUGCUACCAUGUAUUGAUUGAUGCUUUAAAAGGAGAGAUGCAAACACUUAAAUCAUUUCUGUACAUUAGGGAAUAAUGGAGGUGAGAAAUGGGGCUGGGCUGUUAAAUUAAAGAAAAAUAUGAACACAAUUUCUAAUGUUCUGCAUGAUAUGAAGAAUCAUAUUUGAUGCUGUAGGCAGUGCUUCCACACUGAUCAUCUGCUAAUAAUUUGAGUUCCCAUAAUUGUAAAUAGCAAGUGGAGAUAAGCCAUUGCAAAAGAAUUGUAGCAAUUUAUCUCUUGCCUCUUAUCCAGCAAAACAAAGAUGCAGAAGAGGCAAACCAGGCUAGCCCUUUUCACACAAACUAAGUUGAUGUGGGAGGAAAGCAUGUGGAACAAGGAUCUC